GGAAUUGGCACAGGCAAAAUGACAAAAAAGAAAAAAAAAAAAAAAGAGAAAAAGAAAGAAUAGAUAAAGGUUUAGGAGGGGUUUGUGCUCUUUAUGCAAAAAAGCAGAGAGGCCUCCUGAGGCAUGUUGGAUGCUAUAAGAACACUAUCAUAAUGAUGACCCACAGUUCCUCUAAAACACAUAUAGUGAUUUCUCUCGCACAUUAAAUGAGCAACAAUGGUCAUUUCACGGCGCAUCACAGAAGGUCAAUAAAGGAGCUCUGCCUAAUGCAAAAUGGAAAAUGGGACAUAUUUUUACUUCAUGUUGUUUGAAAAUCUUGGGUACAUAAGAUAUGGUUUCUUCAGUUUAGGAUUUAUGCUGUACUGUGCUAUCAUAUUAUUUAAUGUCCUUAUAAUGCUUGCAAUAUUUCUGGAAAGGACUUUACACCAGCCCAUGUAUAUUCUUAUUUUGUGUUUGUCUGUCAACUCUAUGUUUGGAACUGCUGGCUUUUUCCCAAGAGUACUGACAGACUUGCUAUCUGAUACACACUCAAUCUCUCUUGAAGCAUGUGUCUUACAGUGUAUUGUCAUUUUCAUGUAUGCCGCAAAUGAAUAUAUGAUAUUAAUGAUAAUGGCAUUUGACAGAUUUGUUGCAAUCUGUAAACCCUUACGAUACCACAACAUAAUUACACCAAGGUUUUUGACUGUUUCAGUAGUUAUAAACCUGGCCUAUCCAAUGAUUUUACUUACAAUUAAUGGUUUUUUAAGUACAAAACUGAAAAUUUGUGGUAACAAAUUAUUUAAAGUGUACUGCCACAACUAUGAAGUAGUCAAGCUUUCUUGUGAAAAAACAAUAAUUAAUAAUGUUUUUGGCUUGGUUAUAUUAAUCACAACUACUGUAAUACCUUUAAGUUUAAUAUUAUAUUCUUAUAUAAGAAUUAUUAUCAUUUGUCAAAGAAGCUCAGCACAGUUCAAGAGCAAAGCAUUUCAAACUUGUAUUCCACACAUAGUGGUCCUUUUGAAUUUCUCAAUUGCUAUUAUUUCUGAGGUCACUUUGAGUCGAAUUGUGAAUUUAGAACUUCCUACAGGGCUGUCAGUUUUCCUUUCACUGGAGUUUCUUAUUAUCCCACCCAUCCUGAACCCCCUUGUUUAUGCUUUAAACCUGCCUGAUAUUCGCAAAAAAAUUAUUUGUCUUAUAAACCCCUUCAGAUAGUGUCACAAGUAUGUUCUGUUUUUCCCUUUGUGUCUGCCUGAGUUCCAGUUUGUCUCCAAGAUCACGAAUCAGUUAAUCAUUCUGUGCAGGUGUUUUGUGUUAAUGAUUACUCCCUGCAUUUAUAAGCCCUGUGUUUCCUCAUUGUCCUGUCUCAUUAACUCAUUGUGGUAGUAUUCUGAGUUCUCCUACAAUUUCUCUGUUUAUCCAUUGUGGAUUUAAUGAAGACUGCUUUGUGUUAUGCUCCUACGUUUUCUGUGAGGGGUAGGAUUAGGGGUAGGGUUAGCACUAGGAGGUAGAAUAUACAGUUUGUACAAUAUAAAAUAGUUUUGUCUAUGGAAUGUCCCCAUAAAACAUGAAAACCAAACAUGUGUGUGUGUAUACUUUAACCAUGUAGCUCAUUAUUAUAUCCACUUUACAUCCAAUAUUGUGUAACUGACUGUCCACUAUAUGUGCUAAGGUUAGUGUGUCUCCCUCCAUUCUAGAAGGAAACAAGAAAUGAGCACAAAGAUGAAUCCAGCUACUUAUUUGUUUGUUACAAAUUGACACAUGAGCCUCCCCUUUAAAUUAUGGAAUGCUUUCUUAAGCCCUCUAUGUCUAUGGUGCUGUUUGCAACAAGCACUGUUAGAAUUGAAUAAAGAAAUUCAUUUUCUUUAUUUUCUCUCCCAUCUAUAAUGAUAGAACAAAUUGGUUUAAAUCAUCAUCAUCAUCAUCUUGGAUAAGUUUCUUUCAUUUAAGUUUUGCAACUAAAUCACCAAAUACAGGCACUAGUGUGCAAAUGUGGAUAUUUUACAUGUCCUAAAGAUAAUAAACUCUUCAUCCUCUUUUUACAGAAACUAUGAUCCAGCUCGGAUUAUAAAUAUCCCAGGCUACAACAGAUAAAGGUUUCCAGAAAGAGUAACAACUUUUGAGCAUACAACUUUUAAUAUAGUUUUAUCAUUAGAAAGUCUUCUUGCUUGGGAAUCAUCAGAGCUGGACUGGGGGAAAAAAUCAGCCUACCACAUUAAUGUUUUGCUGGGGUUAUGGCAUUUAAAUUUGAAUAAAUAAGUUAACAAGAGAGACAAAAUUAAAAACCCAAAGCAUUUGUUAGAGUGAAUGUGUUAAACAAUAUUCAUUUUGCAUUAUAUUUGUAUACAAUGCUUUACUAUGUGCAAUAAACAAAAUAUUGUUUGUUUUUUGAGCAUGUGUUUUGUUCUGUUGUUGCAACAAACCUGCCAUCACGGUCACUGAUUUGAGCUGUAAGUCUCUUAUCAUGCUUUUUCCCUCUUUGUGUUGCUGAUGAUACCCGGGUAGGUAAUUUAAUUAUUAUGUACAAAAAGUAGAGUGUUGUUUGUUCUGGAGCGCAUAUGCUUUGUUUUUGUUGUAGCAACAAACCUGGCAUCACGGUCAAUGAUUUGGAGCUGUACAUCUCUUAUUGUGACUCUUUCCCUGUUCAUGUGGCUGAUAAUACCUGGGUAGGUUGAUUGAUUUAUUAUGUGCCAUAAACAGUGCGUUGUUUGUUCUUAAGCAUGUGUUUUGUUUCGUUGUAGUAACAAAUUGGGCAGCACGGUCAUUUAACUUGUGAUAUGAUGUGUCUAAAAUAGAAAACAUUGUGGAGGUAACUGAAUAUUGUGUUUUAAUAUUUUAUAAGAGUAUAAUUAAUUGAAAGGUAUGGUCUAAAUCUAAAUUGUAUAUUUAUAUAGUGUAUGAAAGUAAGUGUAUUUAAAUGUGUAAUUGUGUUUUAGUAGACUUAACUUGGAGCUGAUCAUAUAUUAGACCACUAGGUGCGUCCCAAUUUGUGUACUUGUGCACUAUUCUAUUACGUUUUUAAGUAUAAAUAGUGCGAGUAGUGCAUUCACACUGAAAUUCC